AUGGCGGAUAUGAAGCAUAGUCGGGAUGCAUAUUCAACCAGGACAGAAACAAAAGCGUCCCCGUUCAUCGAUGAAGUGAUGCAAGCCCGGCUGUCGAAAAGAUUUCGCCUCCCGCAGAUUACACCUUUCACAGGCAAAAUCGACCCAACGGAACACAUCGAAUGCUUCCAAACGUACAUGGAACUGCAUGAUGCCUUGGAUGCCGUGAUGUGUCGGGCUUUCUCCCUCACCUUAGCCGACGUAGCCCAACUUUGGUUUAAGCAGCUGAAACUAAAGUCCGUCAGCACGUUCGCGGAACUCAGUGAUGCCUUUCUCACCAAUUUCAUUAGAGGGAAGAAGAAGUUAAAGCCCCCUGCGCAUCUGGACAACAUAGUUCAGAAGGAGGGAGAGCUACUAAAAGACUACAUCAAAUGUUUCAACUUUGAAUCACACCAAGUUCGAAAACAUUCAGAGGAGACAACACUCAAUUCUAUCAUGCAAGGCGUUAGGGAUAAGCCAUUUCUGGCAUCUCUGGACAAGAAUCUGCCUGAGACUUUGGCUAAAUUCAUGACUCAGUCAGAUAAAUACACGGACGUCGAGGAAAUAAGAAACUUGCGUGAGGCCGCCCAGAAUGCGAAAACUCUAGCCAAAGAGUCAGCCAAAAAGGAAGUUGACUCAACCGGAGGAAAGAAGCGUAAGGACGACCGAACACUCGAUGAACUCAAGUCAGGCAAGCGACCCGACCAAAGGUUUUCUAUAUACACCUCGUUUAAUAAACCUCAAGAGCAGGUGCUAAUGGAAAUCAGGACUGAAAGAUUUGUCAGUUGGCCGAAUAAGCUUCGGAGUAAUCCGAACCGAUAA